AUGGAUGUGAAUAAGAUUAAACUGGAGAUUACAAGAUUCUUCAAAAUGUCAGGCUUCCAGAUGCGUACGGAAGUGGCUAUGCUGCUUGUUGACAAAAUCAAAGAAUUUUCACUAGAAGAUCGCAAAAAGUUUCUUGGAACUGCUUUAAGUAACAUCCAGAACCAAAAUAUUGAGAACAAUUCUAUCGAAAUCGAUAAUGUCAAGUCAAUAUUGAGGGAUUCAGGAAAUCGUGAGAACUUUAAUGAAGAAAGCGAGACGAUAUUUAGUGUAAUUAAUGCUUUUGAUGUUCCAUCAUAUGAGUAUAUUAAAGAAAGCAAGAAGUUCAUUAUCAAAAAGAAUAAACGGAAGCUUUUAGCACCACCAACAUCCAGGUCAGAAUACAUUAGAAAUAGAUAUAAUACAAUCUUACAGCGUAUAUUAAGACACGACCUUUUUGCACCAAAUCAUAAUGAAAAUAUAAGAACAUCAGAGGUCGAAUCUAAAAAGUUUUCAUUGAAAUAUGCUGAGAAUCUCUUGUCAGCAUCAACAAUUAAUGAAGUUGUCAUGCUUGGAUUGCUUUCUAAAUUUAAGGAAGGAAAGUUCUAUUUAGAAGAUCCAACAGGCGCGAUUCCAAUUGAUUUAAAUGAAGCUAAAUUUCAUUCAGGAUUGUACACAGAAGGUGGCUUUAUGCUUGCCGAAGGAUCAUACAAUGAUGGUGUCCUUAAAGUCAAUGGACUUGGAUUUCCACCGUUAGAACCAGCAACAAGCAGUCGAGCAUAUUUUGGGACACAAAACUAUUGGGGUGGUCCAUCACCAACAUUAUUAAAAUACUCAAAACGUCUUCUUGACUAUGAACGACUUAAUUUUGGUGCUAGCUUAAUCUUUCUCUCAGACUGCUGGCUAGACGAUUCAAAUGUCAUGGAUAGACUUAAGAAGCUAUUUCUAGGAUUUGAUGAUUCGCCACCAAUUGCUAUUAUUUUAAUGGGACCAUUUUUAAAGAAUAAAGGAAGUCCAGCAUUACUUAGAAGCAAAUUUGCACAGCUUUCUGACAUCCUUGACUUGACUUUUACGCUAAAAAAUGAAACUGACAUUGUCCUAGUGCCUGAUAUUGAAGAUCCUACGUCUGCAAAUAUUCUGCCUAGACCACCUUUACCACAAACUAUCGUUCAAGACAUGAUGAAGAAGCACAAACGAGUCAUUCUAGCUACUAAUCCAUGCAGGCUUCAAUAUUGCACUCAAGAAAUCGUCGUAUGUCGUCUUGAUUUGCUCAGAAAAUUAUGUAGGAAUACGAUCAAGUUCCCAGAAAAUGGUCAACUUGCUGAUCAUUUUGCUCGUACUUUAAUGUGUCAAGCGAGCUUAACGCCUUUUAUUCAGCUUGUGAUGCCUACAUAUUGGGAUUUUGAUUCAUCUUUAAGUCUAUAUCCAUUGCCUGAUUUAAUAGUUAUUGGCGAUAACAGCACAGACUUCCAGAGAACACAUAAUGACUGCACAAUCGUUAAUACUGGCUCAUUUCCUCGAUCAAAAUAUUCAUUUAAAUUGUACACUCCAAGCAGUAAACUUAUUGAAGAUUCUCAAAUACCAGAUGAUGAUAAUGAGAAUGAAUCGUGA